CGCAUCUUACUCAUAACCUUCAUUCUUCGCUAUUCUCGAAGCAUUUGUCGACCAUGAUUCAGAAACGGGUUGAGUGUCACCAACCAGCUGGCAACUUUGCAUCGACUCACAGACCUUUGGCAAAUUUCCAACGUGGCACGUUCAACGCCAAUUCAAUGGAGAAGUGGGAUAUCAUUCAAGAGGCCUUGAACACAAAUUCGGAUUCUUGAGAUUCAUCGCGCCGCUCUGGCCUCGGACCCUGGUGGUCUGAAUGCUUCCCAUUUCCGAAUGUACGAUAACCACCAGACCUUUCUAUUCAAGGGUAUCAAUUGGCGGGUUUCGAAGCUGAUCAUAACAGCUCUUUGGUCAUCGAUAACCAUCCAUGAAGUACAAAAAGCCGAAUCUAGCCGAAUACAGCGUCGAGCAUGGCAACGAGAACGAAACUCGGAAACCGCAUGGUCUCAGCGCGUUACUACUUUACUGCAACAACAGUGAUAACGGAAAUUGGUGUGCGGUACUAUUUGAACGGGGUGUCGGAUAAAUAAGCAAACGGUCUGCACUGUCCAUAUCUACAUCAUAGCGGGGACAAACUUUCCGUUAUCAUCGAUAUGCACUCGCCAAAACACUGAAUGAAAAACGAAAUCAGCUCUCACGAAGGGACCGAAUCUCCACUUCUCUGGUCUACUUCAACUAAUCUGGUUCUACAGUGGAUAGGCACCAACAGUUGCACCUCAUGUUCGUCUGUUCGGUGUGACUAUUGGUGGAUCAGACUUACUAUAAAACGCUCAACAUUUUGGACAGACAAGUCCAACGUCCAUCUGUGUAAUCAUAGUAGUCAGUAUGAAAGCACCCCUUUUCGUUAUCCUGGCUGCUCUGUUGCCAUAUGCUUUGGCAGCACCAGCUCAGUCCGAGGAAAUGGUACAGACUCCAGGUGGAUUGCGUCCGAAAUCCAAUGUCAUCCAGAUCCCCGAAGGUGGUGCAAUCAGCCUCACCAGCACCGAAAUCCAUCUACUCGAUGCAUCACAAAGGAUCGUUCACGUUGCUCCGAGAAGUGAGGCAAGAGUUGCGCGUGCCACAAACAGUACGGGGCCACCUCCCGAGCUAUCAGGAUGGAUUUCGUAUGCAUAUUGGCAUCGCCCCAGUACUCCCAUCGAAAACUUCGUCACAACAUGGGUCGUUCCACCUAAUCCUACAACCGAUCACGGUCAGCUGCUUUACCUCUUCAACGGCCUCCAACCUCAAAGUGAGCCGGCUAUUCUACAGCCGGUCCUUCAAUGGGGUCUCUCCCCAGCGGGUGGCGGUUCGUACUGGGCGGUUGCAAGUUGGUACGUUACUGAUACCACUGCGUUUUGGAGCACGCCGCAACAGGUUGCCGUUGGUCAAUCCUUGCAAGGCAUCAUUCAGCGUACUGGUCAAAACGCUGACGGAACGUUCAACUAUGUCACCGAAUUCGCAAAUAUUCCAGGCGUCACUAACCUCACCAACUCGGCUGAGCUCGUUUGGGCGUUUGAGACUUUGGAGACUUACUCUGUCACCACGGCUUCGGAUUAUCCUACUGGUUGUACUGUCUUUACGGACAUUGAUAUAACGACGAGUAGCGGUGCUGAAGCUGUGUCGUGGAGUACCACCGACGACGAUGCUGACGGUAUUCACGCCACGAGUGGAAGUAAUGGAGAUGUCUCCAUCUGCUACCCAUUACCAUGAGGUUUUUAGAUGAGCGACAGGGAUUUUCAUGGACUAGAUAGCGUGUAGCGUGGAUGAUUCUUGUUUCUAUCACCGAUUGAAUUUUAUUUCGCGAGCCCCAGUGUA